AUGUCUGGGGUCAAAUUCGUAAAGGAACGUGAUGGAAACCCAAAAAGGAAUCUGAUGGCGGCGUAUUCGAUGCCUAAAGAGGUGCUACAAGAUCUAGAAGUAGACACAGCGGAAGAUCAGCUUAGAGACAAGUCCGCUGCAAAAUCUGUCUAUGCGCGGGAAUCAGAGUAUCAGCGACAGAGGUUUGAUCUGGAGCUAAAAAGAGACGCAAGUGUGACGAAAAGGCCCAUAGAAAGCGUCGAUUCAUCGGCAACAGUACACGACAACGAAGAAAAGGUUAAAAAGUCCAGGUGGGACGUGGCAGCGCCAAGUCCUGACAGUUCCAAUGUUGUAAAGAAUCAGGAGUCGGGUCCGGUCAUUCCAAGGUCUAGAUGGGAUACCCAAAAGGAAUAUCAAAUGCCCGAGGUCUCGACGGCUGCGAACGAUGAGCUCUCAAAAGAGUUAAUAACGGAGGUGCCAGGAGUCGGAGAUCUCCAGUUUUUUAGGCCCUCCGACAAAGCACAUUUCGGAGAGCUUUUAAUCCAGAAAACCGAACUAACUGCAGAGGAAGACAAGGACCGUCAAUUUCUGCGAAUUCUGCUGAGAGUAAAGAAUGGGAAGCCACAGGUGAGAAAGAUUGCGAUAAGGGCCUUAAGAGAUCGUGCUUCUCAAUUUGGAGCGCCGCGUAUAUUCAAUAGAGUGCUACCGAUUCUUAUGGAUCGAUUUUUAGAGGACCAAGAACGUCAUCUGAUGAUCAAAGUAGUGGAUCGAAUAAUGACCCAACUCGGAGAUUUAGUAAAGCCCUAUACGCAUCGCAUUUUGACAGUGAUAGCACCAACCCUCAUUGACGAAGACAAGGUCACGAGGGAUAUUGGUAGAGAGAUUAUUUCCCGUUUAGCACAGACCGUAGGACUGUUUGCCAUAAUAACCAACGUUCGUGCAGAUAUUGAUCACCAGGAUGAAUACGUUCGAAAUAUCACUUCAAGAGUCUUAGCGGUGGUCGCUAGAGCAUUAGGUGUUUCCAGCCUUGUUCCUUUCCUACGGGCUGUUUGCCACUCUAAGAAGUCGUGGCGCGCUCGCCAAACAGGUAUGAAAACAAUUCAGCGAAUCGGAGCCAUCAUGGGAAUAGGUGUUUUGCCGUAUCUUCAAUCUCUGGUGGAGUGCAUAUGCGAUAGUCUAAGUGAUGAGCAGUUGCAGGUGCGUGUUGCUACGGCCCAAUGCAUUGCGUCUUUGGCUCAAAGUACUCACCCUUACGGGAUUGACACUUUUAACGUGGUAUUAGAGCCUUUAUGGAGAGGCAUCAGGACUCAUCGAGGUAAAUCUCUGGCAUCAUUUCUACGCGCCUUAGGGUUUUUGAUUUCUCUGAUGGAUGCGGAAUACGCCGGAUAUUAUACUCAAGAAGUCAUGAGAAUAGUGAAGAGAGAAUUCCAGUCUCCUGACGAUGAGAUGAAGAAAGCUGUUUUGCUAGUUCUACAGAAAUGUUGUGCUGCUGGUGGACUCACUUUCAAGCAGGUGAAAGAAGAAAUAAUGCCAGACUUUUUCCGCAAUUUUUGGAGUCGUCGCACAGCUUUGGUCCGUCAAAUUAGCAGGAUCGUGAUUUUCACGACUGCCGUCUUAUCGGAGAGAAGUGGCUCUGCAUACUCCAUCAGCCACUUACUUGAUCCGUUAAGAGAUGAAUCGGAACCUCUCAGAAUUAUGGCAGUACGCGCAAUUGGUAGAAUUGUAAAGCAGUACGGUUCUCAAGAUAUUGACAAGCGGCUAGAGACCAGGCUUAUUGAUUCAUUGUUGAUAGCGUUCCAGGAGCAGACAAAUGAAGACCGGACUAUACUCUACGGUUUUGGCGCAGUCAUAGAAUCGUUAGAUGUCAGAAUGCAACCUUACCUCCCACCGAUUGUGAGCACAGUUCUCGAUCGAUUGAAGCACAAAUCACCCAUAAUCAGACAGCACGCUGCGGACCUGUGCGCAAUGAUGGUACCAGCCAUUCACCACUGUGGAGAGCAGGGGAUGUUGAACAAACUCAACAUCAUCUUAUAUGAAUCUUUAGGUGAAGUUUAUCCUGAGGUUCUAGGCGCUCUUAUUGGAGCCAUGAGUCAAAUUGUUGCUGUUGUUGAGUUUGAUAGGCUGCAACCCCCGCCUAAUCAGAUUCUUCCCAAUCUAACACCCAUUCUGCGAAACCGCCAUAGAAGAGUGCAACAGAACAGCAUUAUUUUGAUAGGUAAAAUUGCAGAAAAGGGCCCUGAAAGUAUUCCUCCAAAAGAGUGGAUGAGGAUAUGUUUCGAGCUCUUGGAAAUGCUUAAAAGUCCAACAAAAUCCAUCAGAAGAGCAGCAAACGCAUCAUUCGGCAGCAUCGCCAAAACUAUAGGGCCACAAGAUGUGCUCGUCGCAUUGCUCAAUAACCUGAAAGUUCAAGAGCGGCAGCUGCGUGUCUGUACUGCUGUGGCAAUUGGUAUUGUAGCUGAGACUUGCGGGUCAAUAACCGUGUUACCUGCCAUUAUGAAUGAAUACAAAACACCCGAGACAAACGUCCAAAAUGGUGUUUUGAAAGCUAUGACAUUUAUGUUCGAGUACAUUGGAGAUAUGUCGAAAGACUUCAUUUAUGCUACGGUUCCUUUGCUACAAGAUGCACUGACGGACCGGGACCUUGUUCAUCGUCAGACUGCUGCUACGGUAACAAGACACCUCGCUCUCAACUGUCUGGGAAAAGGUUAUGAGGACGCAUUUUUGCAUCUUUUGAACUUAUUGAUGCCAAAUGUUUUCGAAACCUCACCUCAUGUCAUAGCGCGCAUCGUAGAGGGUAUCGAGGCUUUAAAACUGGCGCUGGGGCCAGGUGUUGCAUUAAAUUACGUUUGGGCUGGACUCUUUCAUCCCGCUAAGAACGUACGCAAAGCAUUCUGGAAUCUUUACAACAACUCAUAUGUCCAAUGUCCAGAUGCCAUGGUAGCUUAUUAUCCAUCUUUGGAUGAAGACUCUGGUCGCAAGAUAGAUGAACUAAAUGUCGUUCUAUGA